ACUGCUGUCGCCUACAUGGUGGGUUGGAGGGCUCUGGGUGGCUGCACACCAGGCUGGCCCCUCGCUGGGGUCUCAGUCUCCAGCUGGCAGCAGGUGCCUGGCAGUGGGGAGUGCAGCUGGGCAGGAUGCGGGCUGGCAGAGGGGCUGGGUCAGGAGGGGAAGAAACUGAGGGGAGGGAGCGAUGCUCUGUGGCUUGCAGGAAGUGUGAGUAGCGCUGCCUGCCCAGGGCAAGGGCCAGGCACAGCAGGCACCCUGCAGCACCGGCGUGGUAGGUCUGCCUGCUCCUUCCUGCAGGGACAGCUGGGCACACAGGGCACCACUGUGGGACAGCGCUGCGCUCGGAGGAUGUGGGCUCUCGGCUCUUGUGGUGUCUGCUGCCUGGGCAUCGCUGUCGUCACAUGUGGCGUGGUGAUGCAGGUGGGAGCCUGGACGUACUACUACAGUGAGGAGGACUAUGAGUGGGACAACGCCAGAAGAUACUGCCAGACUUUCUUCACCGACCUGGUGGCCAUCCAGAACAAGGAGGAGAUUGAGUACCUCAAUCGCACCCUGCCCUAUCAUGGAAAAUACUACUGGAUUGGCAUCCGCAAGCUGAAAGGUGUCUGGACCUGGGUGGGCACCAAGAUGGCACUGACAAAGGAGGCAGCCAACUGGGCAACUGGGGAGCCCAACAACCGCAAGUUCAACCAGGACUGCGUGGAGAUCUACAUCAAGCGGUCAUCAGAGGCAGGCAAGUGGAACGAUGAGCCUUGUACGAAGAAGAAGAAGAAGGCACUGUGCUACAAGGUCUCCUGCCAGCCCCUGAUCUGCGGCCUGCAUGGUGACUGUCUGGAGGUCAUCCAGAGCUACAAGUGUGAGUGCCACCCCGGCUUCGAAGGAGACAACUGUGAGAAUGCUGUGCAGUGCCCUAUACUUGAGCCCGGAGGAACGUACAUGAACUGCAGCCAUCCCUUUGGAGACUUCAGAUACAACUCCACCUGCACCUUCUGGUGCCCAGAGGGGUUUGAACAACGAGGUGUGGAUGAGCUGCAGUGCCUGGCUGAUCGGCAGUGGUCGGCGGAGACCCCCACGUGCAUAGCUAUCACCUGCCCAGAGCUCAGAGCUCCAGAGCAUGGAGAGCUGAACUGCUCCCACCUUCAUGGGAGCUUCGCCUUUGGCUCCAUCUGUGACUUCUCCUGCCAGCCAGGGUUUGAGCUCAUGGGGUCACAGAGUCGCAAGUGCAUGGCCACGGGGAACUGGACUGGAGACAUUCCACAAUGCAAAGCUGUCACCUGCCCGGCACUCAGUGCUCCAGAGCAUGGAGAGCUGAACUGCUCCCAUCUCCAUGGGAACUUCACCUUCGGCUCCACAUGUGACUUCUCCUGCCAGCCAGGGUUUGAGCUCACAGGGCCUGUGAGCCAUCAGUGCACAGCCAUGGGGACGUGGACUGGGGACACCCCACAGUGCAAAGCCAUCAGCUGUCCAGUGCUCAGAGCUCCAGAGCAUGGAGAGCUGAACUGCUCCCACCUUCAUGGGAGCUUCGCCUUUGGCUCCAUGUGUGCCUUCUCCUGCCAGCCAGGGUUUGUGCUGAUGGGGCCGCAGAGCCGUGAAUGUGUGGCUAAAAGAACCUGGACUGGGGACACCUCACGAUGCAAAGCUGUCACCUGCCCAGUGCUCAGUGCUCCAAAGCAUGGGGAGCUGAACUGCUCACAUCUCCACGGGAACUUCACCUUUGGCUCCACGUGUAACUUCUCCUGCCAGGCAGGGUUUGAGCUCAUGGGACCAGAGAGCCGUGAGUGCACAGCUAUGGGGACCUGGAGCAAGGACACUUCACAAUGUAAAGCCAUCACCUGCCAUGUGCUUGGUGCUCCAGAGCAUGGAGAGCUGAACUGCUCCCACCUCCAUGGGAACUUCAGUUUCGGCUCCACAUGUGACUUCUCCUGCCAGCCAGGGUUUGAGCUGAUCGGGCCACAGAGCCGAGAGUGCAUGACCACUGGAAUCUGGACUGGAGACACCUCGCAAUGCCAAGCCAUCAGCUGUCCAGUGCUGGAUGCCCCCAGCCAUGGCCACCUCAACUGCUCUCAUCCACAUGGGAACUUCACGUUCAACUCCACUUGCACCUUUUCCUGCAAGGAAGGAUUUAUCCAGAUGGGAGCAGAGAUGCUCAGGUGUGCAGCCACAGGGAACUGGACCAGGCAUCCCCCAGUCUGCGAAGAGGAUUCUGCUGCCUUUUUGAAACAAGUUCUGAUUUACACCAGCACCAGUGCUCUGGCAGCAGCUGGCCUUGUGCUUUCCGGAACGCUCAUUGCCUUGCUUGCCAAGCGGCUCAGCGACAGAGAGGAGAAGAAGAAGCUCCUGAACCCCACCAGUGACCUGGGGGCACCAGGCAUCUUCACCAAUGCAGCCUAUGACUCCACCUUGUAAGGUGAAUGCCAGCGCAGUGCUUGCAGCACAUUGGAAAGUGCAAAGCGGAGCCAGAAGCGCUGUUUCCACCAGCACCAACCCCGACGGUACUUCGCUUUGCCCUGCAGACCCUCGCUGCCUGCUGGCCUGAAGCUACGCUCAGGGGCUGGGACUGCAGAGCUCUGUGCCCACCCUAGUCUAUACCCACACGUGGGCAAAGCCUCCGAAGCAGCAGGGGCGUGGAAAAGCGGACUGUAGCCCCUUCCCUUCGCCGGCCCGCUGCUGGGGCCGGACCCGUGCCAACGGGGCUCUCAAUAAACGCCUUUGUCCUCGA